CCAUCCCCAGCCGCGCGCGCCGAUUGAAAUGGUGCGUUUUGCUGCGGGCGCGUUUUGAGGGCGCGCGCACUCACGCACGCACGCACGCACGAGGGCGCUUUUCCAUGAUAGACGUCAUUUGGUUUUUAACGGCCUUCAGGAAAUUUUGGAAAGAGAGAGAGAGAGAGAGAAAGAGGAGAGGAGAGGAGAGGAAAGGAAAGCAAGACGGAGGGAAAUCGUCGCUUGAACUGUUUUCUUUUUUCCAAGGAUAUAUAACUUCAUAUUCAUUAAAAAGAAAAAAAAUCCCUCCUUUUUUUCCUCUUUAUCAACAAGUUCGUUCUACUUGAGAGAGAGAGAGAGAGAGAGAGAGAGAGAACAGUGUCCUGAUUUUCCUCAUUUUUCUGCAACACCGCCUGAGGGAAAUCUUUCAUCAGACGAAACGGCAAUGAUUAUACCUCUGUUGUUUUCUCCCCAACUCUUAAAGUCCCUUUGAACGACGUGAUAUACGAUUUGCACUCUAUCUCUCUCUCUCUAUCCCUCUCUCUUUCUCUCUCUCUCUAUCCUCAAGCAGAAGUUCAUCUGAAUUCCUACUUUGACGAAUGAACAAAAUGAACCCAAAACGCUAACGGUUAUCAAUAGCCAGAGCAGAAGAGGCAGAACAUCACGGUUCGUCUUUAAAAAGAAAGAAAGGAAAGAAGGAAAGAAAGAGAGCUGUUUAGCUUGGCUCGAGCUAAUUGGAGCCAUAAUCCUCAUCCCCAAAGGCGACUCAGCAGCCUGGAGCGACACCGUUUCCUUCUUCUUCUUCUCUGAGCUCUGCUCUUAUUUAUUUGUUAUGUGUUAUUUAGCCUAGCAGGCGGUUUACUGCCUUGUUUUCUUCAACCGACCUGGACAUUUAUACUCUAUAUAUCCCUCUGAAAAUACCAACCGGUGGACGACUGGAAGAUAAAGUUCCCAUCACCUCAGAAGAUAAAAACAAGAGGUUUUCUCUUUCAAGGAAGGAAGAAGCAUGUCGCGCUUGUCUCUGACCCGCUCGCCGGUCUCUCCCCUGGCAGCGCAGGGCAUCCCGCUGCCUGCUCAGCUCACCAAAGCCAACGCUCCCGUGCACAUCGACGUCGGGGGGCACAUGUACACGAGCAGCUUGGCCACGCUCACCAAGUACCCUGACUCCAGGAUCAGUCGUCUCUUUAACGGCACCGAACCCAUCGUGCUGGACAGUCUGAAGCAGCACUAUUUCAUCGACAGGGACGGAGAGAUUUUCCGUUACAUCCUCAGCUUCCUCAGGACCUGCAAGCUGCUGCUGCCUGAAGACUUUAAGGACUUUAACCUGCUGUACGAGGAGGCGCGGUAUUACCAGCUCACGCCCAUGCUGAAAGAGCUGGAGCGCUGGAAGCAGGAGCGUGAUCAGCGGCGCUCGGCUCAGCCCUGCGAGUGUCUGGUGGUGCGCGUGACCCCCGACCUCGGAGAGAGAAUUGCGCUGAGCGGGGAGAAGAUCCUCAUCGAGGAGAUCUUCCCCGAGACAGGAGACGUCAUGUGCAACUCGGUGAACGCUGGCUGGAACCAGGACCCCACCCACGUCAUCCGCUUCCCUCUCAACGGCUACUGCAGACUCAACUCCGUACAGGUGUUGGAGCGUCUGUUCCAGAAGGGCUUCAGCGUGGCGGCGUCAUGCGGGGGUGGCGUCGACUCCUCCCAGUUCAGCGAAUACGUUUUGUGUCGUGAGGACAGGCGGAGCCAAAACAUGAACACGCCCCUCAGGAUAAAACAGGAGCCGCUGGACUAGACACAUGCUCAUCACACGGCCGGACUGAGCUGCCCUCAGAUCCUGAGUCUCAACAACUCGGUUGCACACACACAAAUAUAUAUAUAUACACACACACACACACACACACACACACACAUACACACUCAUACGUGUCUCGCAGACGUAUGCCUGUUACUGAAAGUAGAAUGUAACAGACAGAAAGUAACACAAGAACAACCCAAAGAACUAGAAACACAAAAUUGGCAGAACAGAAGCAUUUGUGACUUUCUUGUGGUGAUUGAUCGAGGUAAUGGCGUUCUGUUCGGCCAAUAAGAAGCUGAUUUCUCCCGCAGGCUCCUCCUCGUCCUCCUGUCAGUGCAGCGUGAGUUGUUUUCACGCUGCAUGUGAACGAGCUGUAUUCAGGGAUGCCCGCUCUCUCCAUCGCCUUCUCUAAACGCUGGAGAAGUGCCCCAGAGAACGCUAAGGUGCACUGAACAGACUCAGUGCUCAGAGGACUGGCAAAACUAUUGUUUCAUGUUCUAGUUGUUUAUAAAAUAUAUAUAAAACUUUGUCUGCCACCAUGAUGUAUACAGUCCAUAAUGCUGUGGUUUUUAUGUUCUUUGUUUAUUAUUAUUUUUUGUUUCUUUUGUUAUAUGAAGGAUGAAUGCGAGUCGUGUUUACGCGGAGACCAAGAGCGAGUCACUGCGUCUCUGAAACACUCUCGUAGCCCGAGGCAGCACCAGUUAACACACCGCGCACUGUAAUGCAUCCAGAGCCCAGAGAAGGCCGCUUUGUUUAAACAGAGCUGCAAGCAAACACAAGUAUUACUAAAGCUCUUCCUGCAGCAGGCCCAGGUAACAGAGAGCAUGUGUGUAAUACAAUUCUCAUGACAUAUCGCUGAGCAUUCAGAUCCAGCAUAAGCUACGCGCCAGUGUGUGUGUGAAAGAAAGCAGUGGUGAAAUCAACAGAGAUCACAGAAUAGAAAUCGGACUUUUCAUGUCAACCUUUUCACCAUCAUAGCCAAAUCAGAACCGUCAGGACUGUGUCAAACAGUCGACCCGAACAUGCAUCUGCACUUAGAUAAACAUGGCGCUCGGCUUUGAGCGCAGAGCUCGUGCCUGCUGGCGAUCACGAGAACAAGAAUCCUUUCAGUGAUCACACAGCAUGCCAUGGGUUCGAGUUAAAGCAGCCCCAAUACAAGUAGCUCAUUAAUCAUGAAUACGUUUACGUUAUUGUUGUGCUUAUUAAGGUGAAUUAAUUUUUUUUUUUUUUUUUGGAUUGUGUGUGGUAGCUAAAUUCCUCACUGGAUCACAUCAGAGUGUUAUCAGAUCCUGAAUACACUCCGAGCACUCGUGAGACCUAAAGGUGGGAUCAAUCGUUUUAAUUCUGUAAUAUUUCAGAAGGGUUUUAUCACGUGAAUAAAGAUCUGAUCCAAGGAGAAAGUCCGGUCUGUGUCGCACCACAGGAUUUCUAAACUGUACAGUGGUGCUUGAAAGUUUGU